CUCUGGGUAGGAGAGUGAAUGGUGUAUUUCCGGUUUGGUCGUAUGUAUGCUUUAUAGAUACGUCUUACGUGAAACCAACGAUAUGGCAUUAUAACCAGGAAGGAUAGUUAAAAGGCCGCGUGAGGUACGGCAUUUUCUAUGCAAUCAACAAGGUGUUUGAGCUGAUGUCGCCAGUAAUGAUCUGCUCAAUGUCAAGACUGUAAACUCAACAGUAUCCAUAAAAUAUGUUGCUGAAAAUUGACCACCAGUGAAAAUGGAAAUUCUAAGAAAUAACAAAGGUGGUGUUAAACUUUGCCUUGAUGGCUUUAUGUACACUAAGAAGACAGCAAGUAAUGUUGCCAUUAUAUGGGGGUGUUCAGGGAAGACAGCAUUCCAUUGUUAUGGAAAGGUCAGAACCACAUUGGAGAUGGAGAACCCACGGCUGAUAAGUGAGCACAAUCACCCUGCAGACCCAACAGCAGUAGAAGUCGCGAAGUUCCGCAUCAAACUCAAGGAACAAGCUUCAACUUCCAAUGGUAAAGAUGAUCAACCCGCCAUAGAGGAUGACAGGAAGAAAAUGAGUGCCCUAGAGGAGGCUGCAGUCCAUUCAUCACGUUUUAUUCUGUGCGCACAGAAAAAGUUAGCUGAACCAGCACCAGGAGUGAGGCAACCAUGUAAUAGUCACGGAUUAGACGGAGAGAAUCCUCAAGUGACUUCAUCACGUUUUAUUCUGUAUGCUCGUAAAAGAGAAGACGGACCAGCACCUGGUGUGAGGCAACCAGGUAAUAGUCAGGGAUUAGACGGAGAGAUUGUUCACGUGACUCCACGAAAUUCUCCACGAAUUCCCCACGAAAUUCUGUCGAGUCAAGAAUCCCAGAUCGGUGAAACUGAUGAUUUCGAAGAUGAUAUCGUGCUUGCCGACUUAAAAAAGCUACUUCAACGCCUCCCGUCUGAUGAUGAAAACAUGUCGCCUGAUGAUAUGGAGAACCCACGGCUGAUAAGUGAGCACAAUCACCCUGCAGACCCAACAGCAGUAGAAGUCGCGAAGUUCCGCACCACACUCAAGGAACAAGCUUCAACUUCCAAUGGUAAAGAUGAUCAACCCACCAUAGAGGAUGACAGGAAGAAAAUGAGUGCCCUAGAGGAGGCUGCAGUCCAUUCAUCACGUUUUAUUCUGUGCGCACAGAAAAAGUUAGCUGAACCAGCACCAGGAGUGAGGCAACCAUGUAAUAGUCACGGAUUAGAAGGAGAGAAUCCUCAAGUGACUUCAUCACGUUUUAUUCUGUAUGCUCGUAAAAGAGAAGACGGACCAGCACCUGGUGUGAGGCAACCAGGUAAUAGUCAGGGAUUAGACGGAGAGAUUGUUCACGUGACUCCAUCAAGUUAUAUCAUGUGUGCACGGAAAAAGUUAGCUGAACCAGCACCAGGAGUGAGUCAAACAUGUAAUAGUCAGGGAUUAGAGGGAGAGAAUCCUCAAGUGACUUCAUCACGUUUUAUUCUGUAUGCUCGUAAAAGAGAAGACGGACCAGCACCUGGUGUGAGGCAACCAGGUAAUAGUCAGGGAUUAGACGGAGAGAUUGUUCACGUGACUCCAUCAAGUUUUAUUCUGUGUGCACGGAAAAAGUUAGCUGAACCAGCACCUGGAGUGAGGCAACCAGAUAGUCAGGGAUUCAGGAGAGAGACUGUUGACAUGACCCCAUCAAGUUUUAUUUCUACUUCCCAUAAACAGUUUGCCAAACCAUUAGCUGAAGCAAUGGAACUAGAUAUUACUGCAAAAAGUGGAAUAGGAAGUGAGAAGAUAGACAUAACCCAGAAGUUCGGUGGACUGGCAGAUGGAGUGAUGACACCACAGGUAAUCCCAAGAAGAGACAUAAGGAAAGGUUGUAUUUCAACUGACCAGAAUAGAAAUUUCACAGUUACGACUGUAUCAAGUUCUAUUUCACCUGUUGGGAAAACAUUUACAGCCCCAGCAGAUGGAGUGGUGCUUUCACCGGAAACUCCAAAAGCUGAAUUAAGGAAAGAAAUGACUGAUAUGACUCCAUCAAUUUUUAUAUCUCCUGCCACCAAAGAAGCUGCAAAAUCAGCACCAAGAGAUGAUGUAAGAAAUGAGAAGGUAGACAUGAUGCCAUCAAUCUAUAUUCUUAAUGCCCAGAAAAAGGCUACUGAAACGAUAGACCUGUCAGAGACCUCAUCCAGAACUGAUGAAGAGGAGGAUGAGAUUCACCUGUCUGUGGGUCACAAAGGAAGAAAUGAAGAUCACGGAAGUGAAGAUGGACACAGGGAUGAAAUCCUAACAGAGGAAACAUCAAGUAUUGAUGACCAGUUUAGACUUGGUAGAAAGAUGGAGAGAGCCAGUACAGUGUUUAAUUCACCUUCAGUCGGCAGACGCAGUGUAGAGAAUCCACCAACCACAGUAAUCGUGAACAUGCCAAAUGGAGUAUUCAUAACAGAAAGUGAAAUGGGAAGUGACGGAAAAGCUUCUCUCACUAACAUGAUUCUGAAACCAAGGGUAGACAUAUGUCGAGAUGAAGUGAUUGAGUAUCUUUACACUCACGGGCAAUUUGUGGGAACAAACCGUUCAAUAGAAUUUUGUUGUCCAAAAAGAAUUCAAGAAAAGAAGUGUUUUGAUUAUGAACCAAAGCCGAAAAGAAAGAAAAGGAACAAAAACCUUGUAUAUCAAGAACCAGUAAAACAAAAGCCAGUUUAUCUGUCUCCUAGUGAGGCAAAAGCUUGUCUGUCCAGAAAACCUGGAGGUAGUAUGGCUCCACUCCAAACAUGUUUACAGUGUAACAUUGUUGAAAAAGCUAAAAAAAAUGUGCCAUGGGCCAAAGAGAUUGGAAUUCAGAACAUAUCUCGUUUAAUGGAUAGUAGUAUUGGACAUUGUUCAAAGCCAAUGCCUAAAUUAUAUGAAAGGCUGAUUUGUAAGCACACUGAUCCUUCUGAAAAGAUGGAUAAGGAACAAGAGCCAUCUCCAGGAAAGAAUGGCAGGAAGAGAAGAAAGGUUGUGACUCCUGAAGAAAGCUUAGAAACAGGUGAACAGGGCGAAGAAAUAGAACAAGCUGAUGGACACAACAAGACAGAAGUAGUAGAUGAAGAACAGGUGUACAUUGAUGAAGAUUGGACUGAAGAAUGUCAGGAAGAUGACGAUGAGUUUGUAGAACAGAAGGAAGAUGAACAUUUGGUGGUAAAAAAACAAAUUGUAGUAAAUAGGGAAGUACUAGAGAAUGUUGAAAAGGAAGAAGUAGAUCAGAUUUUGGUAAAUAAGGAGGUACUAGAGAAUGUUGAAAAGGAAGAGGUAGAUCAGAUUGUGGUAAGCAAUAAAUGCAAAGACAGGGUUGUGAAUAAGGAACAGAAUGUGGUACGGGUGCACAAGUGGGUUGUAAAUUUUCUGCCAGAUGAAGGACAAUUUGUUUUACAGGAGGUAGAUGAAGACCAGACAAUGAAAGAUGUAGAUAAGAUUGUCUCAUCUAAAGCUUUGGUAAAACAGAAUGUUGUAAAGAAGGAAGUAGAUCAGAUUGUGGUAAAUAAACCUGAUGAAGACCAUUUUGUGGAAAGGGUGAAAGAUGAAAAACAGUCUCUUGAGCAGAGGGUUGGAGAAACAUCUGUUGUACAGAAGAAAGAUAAAGGACAGUUUGGGGAUGAAGAACAAGAACAGAAUGUGAUACGAGAGGAAUCAGAAAAUGUGAUUCUGGUAAAGCAUGAAGUAGAAGAAGCAAAUGUAGUGAAGGAAAAGGCAGAACAGUAUGUUGUGCACAUGGAAGAAGAUUGGGUUGUGGUAAUGCAGGAAGAGGAACAGUCGACAAGAGAAGUGGAAGAUGAAGAAAAGUUUGUUUUUCAGGGGACAGAAAUAGAACAGUUGUUGGUAAAUGGGGAAGAAGAAAAGAUUGUAAUGGAUGAAGAACGGAUUGUGGUAAACAAGGAAGUUCAAGAACAGAAUGUGAUAAAGAAAGCAGAACAUAUUUUAAUACAGGAGGAAGAAGAAGAUUGUAUAGUGGUAGAUCAGGAAAAUGAAGAACACAUUGUAGUUAAGGAAAGAGUUCAAAAGGUUGUGGUUCAGGAUGCCGUAGAUGAUUGUAUUGUCAUUGAACAGGAAGGAGAACCCAGUGUGGUAAGGGAAGAGGUACAACAGAAUGUGGUAAUAUUGAUAGAUGAGUGAUAGGCUGGACCAAAUCAGUGGUGACCAAUGAUUUAUAAUGAUAUACCAAUAUACCUCAAGACUAUGUGCCAGCUGUUGUUUGAGAACUGUCAAUAAAUAUGACUGAAUUA